AUGCGGCGCGGCGGCGGAAGCGCUAACGAUAGUGCCCAAACGGAUCCACCGUUCACCCAUGUCGUCGAUCAAGGCGCAACGUUAACACCGCUAAUCCUUGCUCUGCCAACUUCUUUGGCGCGCUCUCUCUCUCUCUCUGCUGGCUUGACCAUUUCAGUGCUAGCGCCGGAUCCAAAUGACAAGUGUCAGGCAGAUUUCUUUCAACCGGGGGUAUAG